UUGAGCCCAUCAAGUGGCCGGGGAAGUCUCAACUGACUCGCGCAUGGCUUAGGGAGUUGAUGAGCAAGUUGGAUGCUGCCACGAGAUCGAUGCCACCGGAUGAACUCAGACUCGUUCUUCCCGCCCAAGUUGUUGAAGAGAUCUUAUCUGCCGCAUCUAAGACCAUGGCCGCCGAACCAAACCUUGUGGACAUCCGUGUCACUGAGUACACGCAGGCGACACCUGAGCCCUGGUGUCGAUGUGUUCCGAUUCCAGCUGGAUGCACAGGGGGUCCUGUCGGUGACCCGCGUAUACAUGUGUGUGCUGGUGCUAAGCAGGUGACCCUGGUAGGGGAUCUUCACGGCCAGUACCACGACUUCCUCCAACUUCUUGAGAAGGCGGGGGAACCAAGCGAGGACUCUGUCAUUGUUUUCAACGGAGACUACGUGGAUCGUGGAGCAUGGGGCCUUGAGACGUAUGUCACACUGCUUGCAUGGAAGAUUCUGUUACCGAACCGGGUCUUUUUGCUUCGGGGAAAUCAUGAGACGAGGUUUUGUUCGACAUCCUAUGGGUUCAAAAGAGAAGUGGAGACGAAAUACGGCGCUCAUUCACGGCAUCUUUUCCAGAAAUUCCUUUCUACGUUCACAUCGCACCCAUUGGCAGCAGUGGUGGCUUCGUCAGUUCUGGUCUGUCACGGUGGGCUAUGGAGGGAGCUCCACCCAUCACGAAGAAAAGGCGCAAAAAACGGCGGCAAAAAGAAAGACGGGGGUCGGAAAAACGGAGUACCGGAGGGGGAUAGAUCGUUGCGUGUUGGGUCGCUCGAGGACUUGAUGAAAGUCAGGCGCACGGUUCAAGACCCAUCUGGGACCGGCAUGUCUGCUAUCCUUGGUGAUAUACUGUGGUCCGACCCCUCGUCAGAGCCUGGUCUGAAGCCGAACGACGGCAGAGGUAUUGGAUUACUCUUUGGCCCGGACAUCACGGAAGAGUUUUUGGAAAAGAACCACCUGCGGCUGAUUGUGCGAUCUCACGAGGGCCCCGAUGCGCGAGAGCAACGCCCCGACAUGCUGCCGAUGAGUCAUGGAUACACUGUAGACCACACUGUGAAAUCCGGAAAGCUGAUGACGCUGUUCAGUGCUCCAGAUUACCCACAAUUUCAGGUUAUGGAUAAAAGGUUUGAGAACAAGGCAGCAUUUUUUGUAUUGACUGCCCCUGACUUCUGGGAGCCGCAGAUCUACACGCUUGAUGCAGUGCUCCCAAGGCCACAAGUACAUGCGUACUACGAGGUCAUGAGCUACAUGGAUUCUGAUGACGAGAUGGACGCUGGCAAAGGGCACGCGAGCGAUGCAGAAUGAGAAAGCUAAAACCUGGUUCGGAUAGUGGAUGUCAAAAUGAGAGCACAAACCUUCUUCCCGACUUUUCAAACGACAACAUGGAUGAUGGUUCACACAGGCUAGCGUCCCCGGCCCAAGCGGGGGAUCACAACUGUCAAAUGAGUUCCAGGGUACAUUGGUGCAGCUGAGGGGGGCAGGGGGGAGGAGAGGGGGAAGGGGGAUGAGAGUUCUUCCCACCCCGCGCCUGUAAGAAUUGGCCCAUGUUUGCUCAAGUCUUUCCCACUUUGGAAAGGUGUGAGCUGGCCGUCGAUUAUGUCAGCUCAGGAUCCAGGACCUGCAAGAAUCGGUCCAUGCUUUCUCAAGUGCUUCCCCAUUUGGAAAGGUGUGAGCUGUGAGCUGGGCCUCGGUGUGAGCUGUGAGCUGGGCCUCGAUUAUGUCAGUUGAGAGGAUUUGAACUCUGGUGGAGAUCCCCACCUCACGCCUGCAAGUACUGGUCCAUGCUUGCUCAAGUGCCGCUGAGCUGAGCCUCAAUUAUGCCAGUUGAGGAUUGAGGACCUGCAAGAAUAGGUCCAUGCUUGCCCAAGUGAUUCCCAAUUUGGAAAGCUGUGAGCUGGGCCUCGCUUAUGUCAGUUGAGGAUUUUGAGGAUUUGAACUCUGGAGGAGAUUGCACACUAUUGUUAUCAACCUGGGCGCACCGACUUCUGACAGGUCAGAUCUGACACAUUGCAGGCCAGGUUCAGUGGAUCCUGUGUUGUGCUGUGAGUGGUCCUGAAUAAGAUCUGUGUUCUGGACCAGGUGCAUUGAAAAGUCAGAGGUUUUCCUGGUAAGCGAUAUGUCGCACCCAACUAACAUGACCAAACUAAAGGCCUCGCUCCACUACUCGACACUCUACAUGCAUUUGGAAGCCUUUCUAGACCAGGUGCAUUUGGAGGAGUUCUGAAUGCACCGGGCUGAUUAUGAGCUCCCGAUACAUAUGGAGUUUUGUGUAGUGGAGCGAUGACCUAAUGGUUGUGUGUGGACAGAAGAGAUCGCCGUUCAGUGGAGGCUGGCAUGCCGACAUGCGAGGAUGAUAUGGCCCUUCUUGUCAUACACAUGUGGGGCGUCGCUCCACUACACAACACACUACAUGCAUUUGGAUGCUUUCUGGACCAGUUGAGCUGCACUGAAGAUUGCUUUGGCAUAUGACGGCUGUUGUGCUCAUGCGCCGGGCUGAGUCGUCGAGUAGCCAUACAUACAAUGUGCGGCUUCCGUCUUCCCCCCCAAAUGCAACGCACUGUCAGUGUGGCUGUGUCGGACCGGCCUUACACCUUGUAUACAGGGAGCAUAGAAUUAAGGGAAAGACGGUAGUUUUGGCGCUGUAAAGUGAACCACGAGCCUUCAGUGAGAUCUGCUGAAGGCUCUGUGUAAAGCAGAAGUCAGAGUUUCCAUUCUCACCUUUCUACUGCCCGACUUUGGUAUCUCUUACUAAUUCUUGAUCUCGCCGGCGCAGUCCUGGUAUCUCUCCUCCAGGGUGCCAUUUCCAGGGCCAACCUCCAUGCGUAAAUCCUGCUGGACCAAACCCUGGACCAACCCCCAUGACAGAUUCAUUCCUUGACUAAAUCUUGGGGACCAACCUCGAUGAUCAAAUCCUGGAGCACGAUCGGGUGGUGCCAUUAGCUUCGGCGGGUGUGCAAAUUUGUCUUCAUUGUGUGGUGGCUAUGUCUACUUCGAUUGUGCAUGUGUGUGACCGGGUACACUGGAUCACGGGGAAACACGAGUACCCGUGUUGGGGUGGGGUUAAGUGCUCAUCUUGGGGCUUAACUUUCACCCUGGUCCACUUUGCCGUUUGGUUGAGUGUUUGCCUCCGAAUAGGGAGGUCACAUGUUCGAUCCUUGGACAGUGCGGACUUAUAAAAAAUGUAUUUACAAAAUCCUGGAGCAAAUGGUGGACCAAAUCCUGGACUAAUCUCGAUGAUCAAAUUCUGGACCACCACAUCAUGGACCAAACCCAGGACCAAAUCCUGGAUCAUAUCCUGGACCAAAUCCUGGACCAAAUCCUGGAUCAAAUCCUGGACCAAAUCCUGGAUCAAUCUCGAUGAUCAAAUCCUGGACCAAAUCCUGGAUCAACCUCCAUGAAAAAACCCUAGACCAAAUUGUGGGCCAAAUCCUGGAACGAAUCCUGGACCAUGAUCCAGUAUCACUUUGGGUCCUCGGGGAGGAUCUGCUUCCCGCAUCGCCGGAACAAUUGAUGUCUAGCGUUUGCUGGAUCCAGCAUGCGGCUUGCGGUGUCAUUCCUCUCCAGGCAAGGCGGUCAAGCGCUCAGCGUUGUUAGGGGCAAUUUGACUGGAUCUUUUUUUUUGUUGUUGUUUCUGUUUUCCGGUCAAUUUGACUGUUUCUGUUCAGUGUCUUCAGACUUUGAUCAGUGGCCUCAUCUUAUUAGCGUGGACGACAAGGUCUGUCAACAGCAAUGCCACCACACUG